UCCUGUCCUUGAUGCCUCAUCAGGGUUCCUCUCUGACCUCUGACCUCUGUGUUGUUUCCUCCACUGCAGGACAGACGAUCAGAGCUGAACCUGGAGAAAACGCCAUCCUGCCAUGUGAAGCUCCUGAGAAAAAACCUGUCAUCAUUGUAGAGUGGAGAAGAUGUGAUCUGGAGGGAAAUGAUCAUGUUGCUCUGUAUCAAGAUGAUCAGUUUGAUGAUGAGGGUCAGAAUCCAGCUUAUAAGAACCGAGUGGAUCUACAGGACAGAGAGAUUAAGAAUGGAGACGUGUCUUUGGUUCUGAAGAAUGUGACGACUGAUGAUACUGGAACAUAUGAAUGUAGAGUGAAUCAGACAGAAGUUAGACGCAGGAAGAGAUCUCACCUGAAGAAUGAGCCCAUCAUCUGCAUCAUCAACCUGGUUGUUUCUGCUCCAGGAAACAAGGAAGGACAAAAGAAGGAUGGAGGGAAUGAGGAAGGACAACCAAAGGAUGGAGGGACCAACACUGGACUGACAGUUGGUCUCCCAGUUGGACUCCUUGUUCUGGCUCUAUUUGCUGUUUCAGGUUUUCUGCUCUGUAAAAAACUGAGACGUUCAUCACAGGAACAGAACCAGCCUCCUGCAGCAGAAGCAGAACUUCAGGCUAUGAAUGUUGAAAACCAUCAAGAACCUGAAAUGUGAACAUUUAGACAUUUUUACUGCAGAACAAACUUUCAUCACUGAAGUUCAGCUGAAGAUUCACUUCACCUGUUUUCAUCCGAUCUUUUUACAGCAGAGAAUGAACUGAAUGUCAGAAACAAUCCGUGAAAAGACCUGCAGCUUCUUUUUAAGGUUUUAUUGUAAAUGUCAAUCUUUUGAUGGCGUCUGUUCCUUCAUCAAAGUUACCACCAAAAGAAGGUCACACUAA